GAUCUCUAUACUAGUAUGGAGAUCACUGGUGUACGCGGAUGUACGCUUUCUUCAAGUUAUCUUUGAAAUACUCGUGUCUCAUUGUUUGUUGACAAAUUGCCGGUGAAGUAGUGUGACAGUGUAGUUCUGUGUGAGAACUGCUUUGUUGACGCUGACAGUGUUGCAGACUAUUGUUAUUAACUCAUGUGUAGAAUUUUUAGACAUGGCAUUUAGUAACAAUUAUCGAUGUUGAAACAUGUUUGUUAAUACAGUGCAGUUAUUAAGUAGAGCAGGAAGACUCUCUCUUGCGAACUAUGUGAUUCAAGGGACAGUACUUCAACGAUUACUGUAUUGUUCACAAUAUACGAUCAUCAAAUCAUCAGCAAGCACUAUGGCUGGAGAAAGAUCGGAAACAUUUAAAAUAGACACUCCAGAAUUUCAUGCUUUGUUUACGCCUGAAGUGGACGCGUUAUCAGCCCUUUUCAAGAAAUACGGUUAUGAACUGAGAAUAGCAGGUGGAGCAGUAAGGGACUUGCUGAUGAAAAUCAAUCCAAAGGAUCUUGACUUCGCCACUACUGCCACACCAGAUCAAAUGAAAGAUAUGUUUGAGACAGAGGGUGUGAGAAUGAUCAAUAUGAAAGGAGAAAAACAUGGAACAGUCACUCCACGAAUAAAUGACAAGGAAAAUUUUGAGGUAACUACAUUGCGUAUUGAUGUUCGAACAGAUGGGCGCCAUGCUGAUGUGGAGUUUACGACUGAUUGGAAAUUGGAUGCAAAUCGUAGAGAUCUUACUAUCAAUUCCAUGUUUCUUGGUCUCGAUGGAACUGUCUAUGAUUACUUUGAUGGAUAUAAUGAUCUACUGAAAAGAAGAGUUGUAUUUGUAGGUAACCCAAAUAUUCGCAUUCAGGAAGAUUAUUUGAGAAUACUUCGAUACUUCAGAUUUUACGGCCGAAUUGCAGAACAUCCAGAUAAACAUGAAGAAAAGACACUUGAAGCAAUUAGAAAUAAUGCUGAAGGCUUAGCGCGCAUUUCAGGAGAGAGGAUUUGGAGUGAACUUCACAAAAUACUUGAAGGGAACUAUGGAGGCGAUUUAAUGCUGAAAAUCUUAAGUCUUGGUAUUGGACCAUAUAUUGGUUUACCCAGUGAUCCAAACAUUGAAGAACUUCAAGCAGUAUGGAAGAGACGUGGAAGUGAGGGGUUUAAAGCAAUGACUUUACUAACAUCACUGCUUAGAAGCCAAGAACAGGUUAUGAAUUUCCACGGACGUGUGAAACUGUCAGCAUAUGACCGUGAUUUGGGUCUAUUCAUUGUAGAAAAUCGAGAAGACAAAAUAUCAGUAAAUCCAUUGAGGCCGUAUCAGGCAUUGGUCAUUAACUCAAAAUAUAAAGCUCCUGACUGCAGAGAUUAUGCAAGAGAAGUUCUCAAAUAUAGAGGUGACCAUCAGCUACUGGCUGAAUUUGACAGUUGGGAACUCCCAAGAUUUCCAUUAAAUGGCAACAUGUUAAGGGAGAAAGGUGUUCCAGGAGGGAAGAUUACUGGGCUGGUAAUGAAACAGCUGAAAGAAAUAUGGAUUGAAAGUGAUUUCAACAUGUCCCCAGAAGAUUUACUGGCUCAGAUACCAGCUAUUGCCAAUACACUAGGAAUUGACAUAAAAAGAUAAAAUGAGCAGUAAUAAAGAUACUUAUUUCGAUUUAUUAAAAGAAUAACUGUCCCAUUCUUGUAAACAAUUUUAUACUGUAACAAACAAACUAUGUGCAAAAUGUUACUGCAAAGCAAUAGUGGGGCAGCAGCAAGACACUGGAUUCACUCUUAAAGCUCAGAUCUCUAACUGACCAUCCAGAUUUAGGUUUUCUGUAUUGUCCUCAGUCUCCUAAUUAAAAUGUUGUAUUGAUUCUUUUGGAA